AUGUGCCAACAGGUCGCGUACGUCGCCUUACCCGCCCCGACUCACUCGCGCCAACUAACGUCCAUUCUAUCCAGCGAAGGAACGCGGUGGACGAAAUGCGGGCACUUCCAACGCCAUCUGGUCGUCGCGAUCAUGGACUGCAGCUCUAGCCGGUGCGAGCGGAGUCUCCGGCAUCCAUCGACGUGCAGAAGUCAGAGCUGCCACAAAAACUUUGGCCAGGAAGUGCAGAAAGACAUCGACGCCGUCGACGAGUACUGCUGGGCGUGCCGCGCAGCGGCUGCAAAACGACAACGAUGA